AUGUCCUUUACUUUUCUUCUUUCACCAACCAUGUCAGCACCCGACGAGAUUGAAUUAGAUUUUAAUGAUAUAAUACCAGCAGAGCUUCCGCAGAGCAGGAUAUCGUUGCCUCCAGACUAUAGCAGCACCAAUCAUAUUACGAACGAAUUGUUCCAGGUGACCAGAGAUAAGAACCGCCAUCCUAAACGGUUGAACAACGAUAAGAUCCAGAAAAUGAUUCGGGACCUAGAGGAAACAGAUUACGAGCUAGAUGAUGUGGUGAGGACGAGAGUGUUUAAAGGGAGACUAAAAAACCGACACAGCUUUAGCCAAGUGCGUUCUGACUUGAAUGAGUACUUUGAUGAAAACAAAGAGAAUCGGGAUAAGCCGUCGAAAGUUACAAAGAAAAAGUCGCCGGUGCCCAUACUACAGCCAAUCACCAAUAGUUCCAAACCCAAACGAGUGUGUUUGCCGAAACACACGGUGCUACGUCCACGGAAACCUGCGCUCAAACAAGAUGGGGCCACUACGAUAUUUCUUAUGGAGUCGCUGUCGGGACUAGUUAAUGAUGCGACCAAGUAUGCUACUGAGCUCAAUAGUUCGCAGUGUGAGGACUUUCCACUACCGGAACACGAGAAUGAAGUGGUGCAGAUUCCGACCAAUGAAGAUGAUAACCCGAAAAUGGCGAUUAUCAGGAUGUUCAAGACCAAGAGGGUUGGGAGCGAGCAGGAGAAUGGGGUGCAGGUAGUUUCACAGACGGCACCCACCAAAAAGACAGUUAAAUGGGCCACGAAUUUAGAAUGGUAA